AUGUACCAGAAAGUUACCGUGAUGUACAGAAGUUACCGUGAUGUACCAGUGAGUGACCGUGAUGUACCAGAGAGUGACCGUGAUGUACCAGAGAGUGACCGUGAUGUACCAGAGAGUGACCGAGAUGUACCAGAGAGUGACCGUGAUGUACCAGAGAGUGACCGUGAUGUACCAGUGAGUGACCGUGAUGUACCAGUGAGUGACCGUGAUGUACCAGUGAGUGACCGUGAUGUACCAGCUUCCCGUGAGCCUGCUAGUGAACCUUCUAGUGAGCCUGCUAGUGAACCUUCUAGUGAACCUGCUAGUGAACCUUCUAGUGAACCUGCUAGUGAACCUUCUAGUGAACCUGCUAGUGAACCUUCUAGUGAACCUGCUAGUGAACCUUCUAGUGAACCUGCUAGUGAACCUUCUAGUGAGCCUGCUAGUGAACCUUCUAGUGAGCCUGCUAGUGAACCUUCUAGUGAGCCUGCUAGUGAACCUUCUAGGGAACCUGCUAGUGAACCUUCUAGUCCUCCAGCUCUGGCAGUGUGCCCUAUAAGUGGUUGA